CAGAAAGAGGGGAGGUGGGACGGGAGAGAGAGAGAGACGGACAGACAGAGAGAGAGAGAGAGAGAGAGAGAGAGAGAGAGAGAGAGAGAGAGAGAGAGAGAGAGAGAGAGAGAGAGAGAGAGAGAGAGAGAGAGGGGAUACUUUUCCUGUCACCUAACUUCUUGCAAACUGUGCUGGACUGGAGUGUGAGAAAUACAGAUUUAGGGUAGGAACACAGUGUGAAAUGGAAAAGAUAUAGAAGAAGGAUAUUGACGAAAGAGAGAAGGACUUCUCAGUCUACCAACAUGGAUUGUUCCAGUGGAGUUGUGUGUGACUGACGCAGGGAUAGGUUUGGCGUCCAAACAAAUAAUUAUGAAAACAGCUGUUCUCGCUAAGGAAACCGGAGCAUUUGCUGGCUGGGGUGAAUGCUGAGUCUCGCUCCCAACCUCGACCCCCCCUCACCCCUAACUUAUCCUCAGGGUCAACAGCACCGUUCCCUCCACCUAGACCCCCCUCUCCUCAGAACCACCCCUGAUGACUCCCCCGACUCCCCCGACUCCCCCCUCUAAACCCUCCUCUCCCCCUGUCUCACCCCCACCCCCUGUCUCACCAGCUGACCCCACUCCCUCACCACCAUUCCAUUUAGACUCCUCCACCCCCCUCCCCCCUAAACCCCUCACUCCCUCCUCACCCUCCUCAUCCACACCACCCCUUCUUUCAGCAUCUGAACCGCUCCCUCCUCAAAUUGACUUGACCAUUGGCUCCACUGACACCACUGAUGUCCCUCAUGCCACUGUCCCAGAGGACUGUACCCCCCCACUCCCCAAACCCCUAGCAGAGGCAUCCACUUCACUCCUCCCCACACCAAUAUCCCCUCAAGUCUCAGUACCCUCUACAAUCCCUGUUCCUAAUAUCUUGGAUGUCUCUCCUCCUCCUCUCCCCUUAGAUAUGUCCUCUUCAGUCCCAGAGCUCUCUUCUUCAGAGCCAACCGUACCAGCACUUUCCUCUCACCCAGUCCCAAAUCCCUCCUCACUUCCUCUCUCCUCUGCCUGUGUACCUCCUAUAGCAAAACCCCUCCCCCCACCCCCCAUUCAUCCUCUCUCAAAACCCUCCUUAUCUCCUUUCUCCUCUCCCCCUGUUCCUCCUGUCUCAAAGUUCUCCUCCCCCCCUCUUCCUAGACCCUCAGCAACUCGAAAACUCUCCGGUCCAUCCCAGCCGAGACCCCCUGUUCCUCACCCUCACUCGAUAGCGAAGCCAUCCUCCCCUGCUAUCCCCAGACCCCCUCUUCCAUCUACCAAGCCCUCGUCUCCCCCUCUCCCCACCCCACUAGUCCCUCUUUCAGCUAAGCCCUCCUCAGCCCCAGCCCCAACCCCAACCCCAGCCACAGCCACAGCCACAGCCCCACCACCUAGCAUCAGUAUCCUGGAGAAGCUGAUCAAAACAUGUCCUGUGUGGUUGCAGUUAGCCAUGGCCCAGGAGAAAUCCUCACUUAUACUGAAGAAAGAAACUCCUGGGAUUUUUUUAGUGCGCAAAAUCCCGGACCAGAAGGCCAUGGUUCUGUCAGUACGUGUGUCUAACCAGCAGGGGGAGCUUCAGGUCCAGGACAUUCUGGUUAAAGAGGAGAAGUCAUUGAUCUACCUGGAAGGGUCUGUCCUGGUCUUUGACACCAUCUUCAAACUCAUCUCCUUCUACUGUGUCAGCCGGGAUAUUCUCCCCUUCACUCUGAGGUUGCCUGAGGUCAUCGUCCAGGCAACCAAGUAUGAAGAUAUAGAGACGAUAUCGGAGUUAGGCUCAGAUUUCUGGGGCUCUCAGCUGAACAGUUCCUCUGAGGAUCCAGGACAAAGGGACACACCAGUAGACCAGGGCCGGGGUCACAGCUCCUCCUGUGAGAUCCAUCUGUCUGCUGGGACCGGUAACGAGCGGCUGUGGUACGUUAACCCCGUCUUCAUUGAGGAGUAUUGCAGCAGCCUGGAGGCCUCCACUCCCGUCGUUGCUCCCAUCCUCAGGAGCCAGAGCCUGAACACCCCAGGCCAAGGGCAGGGCCAAGUACCCCCCAAAAUCAAACGCCCCCCACCCCGACCCCCUAAUGCCCCUGAGGGAUUGUUACUGUCACAGGGGGCCAAGCAUGGGAACAGAGUGACAUCUGAUUCCCCCUCCCCACGCUCACCACCCACACCUCUUAGAGUUACAACCAAGUUAGGGCAGAAAGGAGAAGGAAACAGCAGCAAAGGCAGUGGGGAGGGAGAGAGAGCUGCUUCUCAGCUUUUCUCAGAGAGAGAGAUGUCAGUUACAGCCACUGACUCAGUAGCAGCUACUCAGCCUCUACAGCAUCUGUCACCACACGGAGCAACAGCUAGCCAUCAGCACCCAGCACCCCGGCCACCCCCACACAGGAUACCACUUGUGCCCCUACGGCGGAUGCCCUCAGAGAAGCGUCCCCCACCCCCAGGACAGGAGCCGCCCCAGCCAGAAGGAGGCCCCCUGACCCUCACCACAACCCCAAAGAGGAAGAUGAAGGAGGAGGGCAGUGUUGGCACAGUGCCUGUUGCUUCACUGGUGUGCAUCGAUGGCACCACCAACAUGGUAGAGGAGAAGAAGGAGUUAAGAGUGGAGCCCUAUGCUGUUGAGACAGAGACACUGCAGAGGCAAGGGACAUCAGAGACUUCAAACAGCAGUGACGCUGUUAGCGUGGCUGCACCAGCCCCUCUGACGAAGAGGGCCGCACCGCCAGUCCCGCCUCCCAGAAAGAAUAAGCCCUCCCAGGCCACGCCCACUACAACUCUCUCCCCAGACGUGAUAGGUGGAGGACUUCUUUCAAUCAAUGCGUCAUCAGACACACCCCAGACCUCCAGCAUCCCCUCGCCAGCCCGGAGGGCCAUUUCCAUCGCUGAGGGGGAGGUGAGGGAGGCCAGGGGGGCAGAUGUGUCCCUGUACGCCCCUGAUGGUGGCGCGGCCCUCCCUGCACUGGACCAUGACUCUUACUCUACCAGCAGCACAGAGGAGGAGGCCGACACGGUGGCCAGUCAGGCUGGAGGGGCCGUUGGGACCAACAAUACCAAAGUGUCAAUGAAAAGGACCCCGACCAUCAUGCUGGACCGUGCCAAGCAACGCCUCUCCAUGGUCAACUUCUCCAGUGUGUUCACCAACUUCAUGAGCGCUGACCACAAGCUGCAGAAGAGGAUGGUGGAACUGUCCCGGGACGGGAGCUCCUACUUCGGGAACCUGGUGAAGGAUUACAGGGUGUACAUUUUGGAGACCAUGGGGAAGCACAGCUCCAGCACUGAGCUGCUGCAGGAGAUCAGGCAGAUGAUAACGCAGCUGAAGAGUUACCUCAUCCAGAGCACUGAGCUGCAGAACCUCCUGGAGCCCAACGUCUACACAGAGGACAAACUAGAGGUGAUUAUGGAGGCUGCUCUGUGUAAGGCUGUGCUGAAGCCUCUGCGGGAGGCUGUCUACUCCGGCCUGAAGGACAUCCACUCCAGGGGGGGCUCUCUGAAGAGGCUGAAGGAGAACCAGAGUGUGGUCCUGGGCACCACCACCACAGAUCUGGGGGUCACCACCAGCGUUCCAGAGAUCCCUGUCAUGGAGAAGAUCCAGCUGAAGCUGAUGACCCUCCACCUUGAGUACUCCCCUCAGAAGAAGAUUGAUCUGCUCCUCAAGACCUGCAAGAUCAUCUAUGAGUCCAUGUCUAUAGGCUGCCCAGGAAAAGCCUUUGGUGUAGAUGACUUCCUGCCAGUGCUGAUGUACGUCCUGGCCAGGAGCAACAUGGCCUUCCUGCUACUGGACGUAGAGUACAUGAUGGAGCUGAUGGACCCUGCACUGCAGCUAGGAGAAGGCUCCUACUACCUGACGACCACGUAUGGAGCCUUGGAGCACAUAAAGAACUAUGACAAGCAGGCGGUGACACAGCAGCUCAGUCUGGAGAUCCAGGACUCUAUCCACCGCUGGGAGAAGAGACGCACCCUGAACAAGGCUCGGGUGUCACGCUCAUCUGUACAGGACUUCAUCAAUGUGUCGUUCCUGGAGGCGGGGUCUAACACUAAGACCCUGGGGGUUCUCCCCACCACCACGGCCCAGGACCUGUGUGCCCAGUGUGCUGACAAGUUCGAGGUGCUGGAGCCAGAGUUCUACAGCCUGAGUGUACUAGUUGAGGGCCACUACCAGCUCCUGGCCCCGGGGGAGUCCCCCCUCACCAUCAAGUCUAGUUUCCACCACUGUGAGCCCCGCAAGGAGUACCAUUUUGUCUACCGGCCUGGAAGGACAGAGUCGGAAGGGCAGGAGGCAGAGAGUGAGGAGCCAGCACCCACAGCGGAGACAGAGCCUGACGAGGAGAAGAGGCUGAUCGAGAUAUGAUAUUAAGGUGUGUGUGUGUGUGUGUGUGUGGUGCGUGCAUGGCCAGACGAAGCUCAAAUGAUUGAGGAGCUGCUCAAGGGAAUGCAAUGGCAUCCUCCUCAACCACAACAGACAUUUUAAACGAGACAAUGGAUUUUUUUAUUUCGUGGAGCAAAAUGGACUCAAGUCCAAGAUGGACAUGAUAGUUCUGCCAAACCAUACAAUCUUCAAUAAAAAUACCAUCUUCAGGUUUGAGAACAUGUGGAGACUUUGUGAAAGAAGAGAACCAUCACCACACCUCGGACCUCAGGUCUAAAUUUCACUCAAGUUUACUUUGGCUUCUGUAUGACUUCUACACUGACUCAUCUUGCUCAGUGAGUCCCUGCAAGGUUGACCAAAGCUGCAGCGAUAAAGGGAUAUUGUCCUCCUCUUGUUUGAAAGGGUACAAUGGCAUGGAUAAUUAAAAGAUAAAGGAUCAGGACAAGGAGACUCGGCUUGCAUCCCAAAUGGCACCCUAUUCUCUAUUCCCUAGUAGUGUACUUUUGACCGGGGGACCAUUAAGGGCACUAUGUAGGGAUGUAGGGAAUAGGGUCUAAUUUGGGCCGACCAUGUGUCCUGUCUGGUCGGUGUUCAUUUUCAUAUUUAACCGACUUUACGCUUCCUCAACAGUUCCGACAGACAAUGAGCUGUUCAAUGGUUUAGCUAAUUGAAUUUUGCAUGACAAUAUCCUUGCCAAUAUUAUCUGAGUGGGUUUAUAUGCUCAAGAAAGACUGCUACUCUCUGUAUAUCCGUAUUUGCUCUGCUGGAUUUGUAUACUCUUGCAGCUGUGCUGUGGAUAGGUUUCAUCAACGUCCUGAAAGAACCUUUGAUGUCUCAUUCUAGAAGGUAUCUGUUACAAUACCAUCCAUUAAGGUCAAACGCAAUUCCCUUAAGUCUACCAGGCACUCAUGGUUUACAUUGGUUAAUGGUGCUAAGCCAUAUUAUACUGUAAUUAAUUAAACUGUCACCAUGGCUUUA